UUAGGGGGGCCGGGAGGAUCGUGUGAUGACGAAGAAAGAAGAUGUCUUUUCAGUUCAACUUUGAUGUCAGUGUUGAUGAAGAACAACAUUUAAGUGGGGAAGAUGAUAAUAAGGGUAAUCCAGAGAAUGCCAGUCUGCCGACAGAUUCCACAAAUAACAGCACAGAGACAUUAAAAGAAGCCAAAGAGUUGUACACUCCAACCGAUCUAACAGCUUAUGAGUCCUGUGCUGUAGAUGUGGUCAAAGUUGGCGAUCUAGAACUAUGCUUCCUAAACCCAGACGAUGUUGAGAGUGAGCUGAUAAUCAGCUCAUUCAGUCAGGCCUUGAAGAGCGAGGAAGAUGAAAGCGACGUAUCUAAGGCUGUAGAUGGUCAUUCGGAUCUCAUACCAAAGGUGUAUGAAGGUGGUUUGAAAGUUUGGGAAUGUUCCCUAGACCUUGUCCACUUCCUCCAUGAUGCAGAAAUACCUGUUAAGAAUAAGAGAGUGUUGGAGCUCGGCUGUGGUAUUGGACUCCCAGGCAUUUAUGCAGUCAAGAAGGAAGCUGCUGCAGUACACUUCCAAGAUUAUAAUGAGGAGGUGAUUGAACACAUGACCAUCCCUAGUGUCAUUUUGAACAAGCCUGAGGAGGAUUCAACUAAUCAGGACCUCCGCUACUUGUCAGGUGACUGGAGUCUAGUGCAGAAGCUACUAACUUCCGAAGAACAAUGUUCAAAGUAUGACGUCAUCUUGACAUCGGAAACAAUCUACAGUUUAGAGUCUUAUGACAAGCUUUACGAUAUACUCAGGGCAGUAUUGCGUCCAACCGGAGUUAUAUACCUAGCAGCGAAGACUCACUACUUUGGUGUGGGCGGAGGGACACGAUCGUUUGAAGACAUGGUGAAGCAGCGUGGCGAAUUUAACAUUGAAGUCUGCAAGACCUAUACUCGAGGUGUGAAGAGGGAGAUUUUAAAGAUGUCAUUCUUGGAAGCGGCAAAAGAUUGAUCAAAUUGAGUGACCGUUAACCCUUCACAUAGGAGAGCUGGUCGAAAAACACCCUCAUUCCCAGUGGGGGAAGAUCUCGCCCCGCCAUUUUUCUUUCUUUCCCAGAAUGCCUUGCGGGAUCGUAAACCCUGGAAGUGUGACUUGAAAGUCUCCAAAUAUAUUGGAUAUGUUGUCUGUUGUUGAUCCAUUCUGUGGUAUGAGACUACGCAAAAUGUGCUGUUAAAAGACGCAUCAAGCCAUAGAGCAACUGGCACCUCUCGUUCUUUUGUAAUCUUGUGAUACGACCCCAGUCUGCCCGGUACGUUUGAAUAGCUUUGACGGGGCACACCGGGUCAGCCCCCCAGUGCCUCGUUUGUGGAGGGGUCACUUAGGGAUGACCCGAGGUGCAUGCCGUCACCAUGAGAGGGCGAGUGUAAUCAUUCGUUUAGCUCUCGUCAGGGGCUCACCGGAGUGAGCACCGCGGGGUACACCCAGGGAAGCUAAAUGAAUGCACCCAUUAUUAGUAAACCUCAUUCAGCCACAAUUUGAAAGCAGACACAUGUACUUGUAAAAUACUUAUUCGUAAUUUUUUACUUUAAAGAACCAAUCUUUGACAGUAAACACAUAAAAGCACAACAAAAUAGACUUGGCUAUGAUACAAUUACACAACUGUUAUUGCAAUUUACAAAUUUAAUGAACAAGUGCUGAAAAUCUUCUUGAACUCGUGGAAAGUAUUUAUGUUGUGAAUAGACUUUUAAGUUGGUCUGAUACUUUUAUGAGUCCUUUAAAUGCUGUAAAGUAUACUAUGGUAUAAACAGGCCAGUAAAUGUACAUCUCAAAACGGCCCUUUUAUAUGUAUUAUUAACUAAGUUGUCGAUUUGUUUUUAUUUAAAAUAACGAUGGCCUUUUUAAAUUUCUUUCUUCUGAAGAAAGACUGCCUUGAUCAUUUACAAUGUAAGUUUAUAAUUAAUAAAUAAUCAUCUAAAAAUA